AUAUCACACUUGCUACGCUCACAGAAGAAGAAUGAAACUGCUGCCUCUGGGCUUUGCCUCACCCCCUACCACCAUUCUUCUACAUCUAUACUUCAGAGUCAGUGGCCAUUAACAUCACCAUCUGGGCAUUACAACUGACCAUUCAUUCAAUGGUUUUUAAUUAUUAGAUUAGGAGGUUUGGUUGGUUGGAUUUGAAGCCAGUUACUGCCUUUCCGUUUAAUCAACUACUGCAUUCAAAUUUAAUCUAACUCUACAUCAUGAGAUCCACCUACAAAAUUCAUUGAAUUCCAAGAAAAUCGGUUUCAAAAUUGAAUUGGGUUUUCGAAUAUUUUGUCGUUUUGAAACACCCAUGAUACUAAAAAAAAGUUAAAAAUCAUGGAAAAAAGUUACCAUUUAGAAGAUAUUGGGGUGAAUAAAGAAAUAUAUAGAAGGGCCCGUAGGCAUUGAUCUCAGUCAAUGCCUGGUGUCAAAAUUAACGGUAAGCUCUCCAUCUCUCUCUCACAUCUUCCCACCAACUGAUCCACUUUCAAAUUUCUCUCCCGCAAACUGUGCCCCUUUUUCUUAACCGCUCCACUUUCUCAUCAGUUCAAAUCCAGAAAAAAAAAAAAAAAAAAAGGAGGGAGAAACAGGAAGUGAGUUUAUUCUUUUCUUGUUUCAGCAUUUGUCUCACCCUUUCCUCCAAAUCUUCGAUUCCUGUUUGUUUGUCAAUGGGAAGAGUUGGAGAAGAACAGACAGAUUUCAAAACCCAGUUGGUGUUGGAAAUUAUCUCCGUUUCCUCACGCUCCAUUGCCUGCCCUCACCAGCAUUCUCACAAGAGAAUUAAAUCGCCUCUCGUCGACUGGUACCGUCUUCUUAGAGUUGAAGAAGAUGCAGAUGUAGAUAUUAUUCGGAGACAAUACCACAAAUUCGCUUUGCAACUUCACCCAGAUAAGAACAAGCAUCCCAAGGCUGAAAUUGCCUUCAAACUUGUAUCAGAGGCAUAUGCAUGUCUGUCUGAUGAUGUGAAGAGAAGAACCUUUGACUCAGAGAGAUGGAGAAGCUUCUGCAGGGACUGCAACAGAAUUCCCUAUACUGCCUGCAAUCCUUCAGCCAAUUCUGGCUCCGCAAAACUGAAGCCAUUGAAUCCUACAAACUGGUCGAGAUAUUACAAAGUUUUUCGAGGUCUGAGAGACAUCAGAGACAGGUUAAAGGAGGAGGCAAGGGUGAUAGAGAAUUGCUUCAAGACCAAUGCAGCAUCAAGAGAAGAGUUCCCACUCUUCAAUCCAUCUGACUAUCAAUUUCAAGGCUAUCCUCACCACAGACCACUCUUUUAUAAGAAGACUGAGAGCCUCUGGUAUUUGCCGGGGUCAAGGGUGACAGAGAACUAUUUGAGGAGCAAUGUGACAUCGAGGAAAGAAUCUCCUCUCUUCAAUCCGUCUGACUAUCUGCACCAAGGCUACCCUCACUACAGGACACGGAGUUACCAGAAACCUGGGAUUUGGUAGUUGCAGACAAGAAACUUACUGAACUGGGAAUAUGGAAGAGGAGUGAGAUGUUGCAAUUUGUUCAGGAUCAAAUCAGAAGGCAACUAUUCAAUUGCUAAUCCAAAUGUCUUAAUUAAUAAUAGGAAUUCAGGAGAACCAUGUUCUAUCCACAAAAUCACAGUUUGAUUGACGCAUUUUUCAUGUAUUCAGCAAUUUUCUAUGGCAAAUGGAAUCACAAAGAAUCAUCUGAUGUUAUGCUUA